AUGUCCUCCCAGGCGUCAUUGGCCCGCUGCCUCCCCACCAUCCCAGCCCAGGUGGCCCUGCCCCGCCAUCUCCCCACCAUCCUAGCCAAAGCAGCCUCAGAACACCGCCUCCACACCGUCCCUGCCCAGGUGACACCAGCCUGCCGCCUCCCCACCAUACCAGCCCAGGCAGCCACGGCUCAUUGCCUCCCCACCGUCCCAGCCCAGGUGGCCACAGCCCACCAUCUCCCCACUGACCUAGGCCAGGUGGCCCCAGCUUGCUGCCCCCCCACCGUCCCAGCCCAGGCAUGCCCAGCCCGCCACCUGCCCACUGUCCCAGCUCUGGUGGCAGCUCUGGUGCCCCCGGCUGGCCAACUUCCACACCAUCCCAGCCAAGGCAGAAUCGGCCCACCGCCUCCCCACCGUCCCAGCCCAGCAUGGCCCUGUCCCGCCGCCUCCCCACCGUCCCAGCCUAGAGCGGCCCGAGCCCGCCUCCUCCACACAAACUCUGCCCAGGCGACUCUGGCCCACCACCUCCCCACCGUCCCAGCCCAGCUCGGCCCCGGACCGCCGCCUCCUCACCAUCCCAGCCCAGGCAGUCACGGCCCACCGCCUCCCCACCGUCCCAGCCCAGGUGGCCCCAGCCUGCCGCCUCUCCACCAUCCCAGACAAAGCGGCCCCAGGCCCAUGCUGUGA